UCUAUGAGCGGAGACCUCUUGACUGCACUCAGCACCUUUCAGGACCAGGCUCUAGGAAAUGGUCAGAGGAGCGAAAGGAGCAUCACCAUUUUGAAACAAAACCAAGGGUACUGGGCACUAAAUGAGAAUAUGGCCAAUGGCAUUGAAGAUCUUAUCGGGAUCCCAUUCCCGAACCACAGCAGCGAGGUGCUGUGUGGCCUGAACGAGCAGCGGCACGACGGGCUCCUGUGCGAUGUCAUCCUCAUCGUGCAGGACCAGGAGUACCGCACCCACCGCUCCGUCCUGGCCGCCUGCAGCAAGUACUUCAAAAAACUCUUCACUACCGGCACUUUAACGGACCAGCCCUAUGUUUACGAGAUUGACUUUGUCAAGCCUGAAGCACUUUCUGCCAUCCUCGAGUUCGCCUACACCUCAACCCUCACCAUCACCACCUCAAACGUCAAGCACAUCCUCAGUGCCGCCAAGAUGCUGGAGAUCCAGAGCAUCAUCAACGUCUGCCUGGAGAUCAUGGAGCCCGACAGGGAGGCCGAGGAGGAAGAUGACAAAGAGGACGACGAUGACGAUGAAGACGAAGAUGAAGAUGAGGAGGAAGAGGAGGAGGAGGAAGUGGAAGAUUUUGUCAAUCAGGAGAACCUAACUGAUGUGCAAGAAGUAAGCUGCCACCAAAGCCCUUCUGAGUCCGAUCUCACUGAAGAAGCUUAUACAGAAGCACCUAAAGAUUUUCCAAAUCACUUCCCAGCCAGUAACUCCUCUGGACACUUGGGCAUGAUACGAGACUUCUCCAUAGAGUCCUUGCUGAGUGAAAACUUGUACCCUAAGGCAAACAUCCCAGAACGGAGGCCAGCUCUGUCUCCUUUCACCCCCAGCUUCUUCCCCCACCUGUGGAACGGCGACUUCAACUCCUUCCCCCAGCUCGAGGAGCCACAAGUAGACAACGGCCCCUUGGAUCUGGUGAUCAAAAAGAGGAAGAUCAAGGAAGAGGAGAAGGAAGACCUGCCUCCGCCUCCUUUCCCUAAUGACUUCUUCAAGGACAUGUUUGCCAACACGCCAGCAGCUCCCUUAGGGCAUAUUAAGGCAGAGACUGACUAUAGCGCUUAUCUCAAUUUCCUAAGUGCUACCCAGUUUGGAGGAGUUUUUCCCCCAUGGCCCCUGGAGGAAGAGAGGAAAAUAAAGCCCAAGGCAUCCCAACAGUGUCCCAUCUGUAACAAAGUCAUCAUGGGGGCUGGCAAGCUGCCCCGGCACAUGAGGACCCACACGGGGGAGAAGCCCUAUAUGUGCAAUAUCUGUGAAGUUCGCUUUACCAGGCAGGACAAGCUCAAAAUCCACAUGCGCAAGCACACGGGCGAGCGGCCGUACCUGUGCAUCCACUGCAACGCCAAGUUCGUGCACAACUACGACCUGAAGAACCACAUGCGCAUCCACACGGGCAUCCGGCCCUACCAGUGCGAGUUCUGCUACAAGAGCUUCACCCGCUCCGACCACCUGCACCGCCACAUCAAGCGGCAGAGCUGCCGCAUCGCGCGGCCCCGGCGCGGCCGCAAGCCGGCGGCGUGGCGGGCGGCCGGCCUGCUCCUCGCGCCCGGGGGCCCGCCCGUGGAGAGCGGCUUCAUGAUGCCGCCCGCGCUGGAGGAGAUGAGCGGCCACCUCGGCAGCACGGCCAUGUGCCUUCCCGGGCCCAGCCCCAAGCACUUCCUGAGCGGGGCCCAGACACCCUUCAGCCUGCAGGAGCUGGAGAGCCAGAUUGAAGAGACGCAGAUGAAGCUCUUCAGGCGGGCCCAGAUGGACAUGGAGAGGAACGCGGGCAUCUUCGCCUUCGCCCUGGGCCACAAUGAAAACCUCGCUGCCCAACCCUUCUUCCCUCUCCCCGACCCUUGGAGCACAGGCUUCAGUGGCUUGGCGGGGCUUGGCCACGUGGCUCCCAUCUCAGAGGCCAGCAACUAA